UCCGAUACGUGUAAAAUAUUUCUCUACAACAGCAGAACUACAAAAAAGUUAACUAAACACUUUUGAGACGAAGCAAAGAGCACUAUUCCGGAAAGCCACGAAAUGGGUCCGACGCCAGUUAGAAUCCGUGGCAGAAAAGGGAAUCGCUCAAUCGUCUCCAGUUGGCAGUCACAAAUCUCCCCACCCGCAAAGGCCGCCAAAGCUUCUACCUCACAGUCCGCCAAACACCCAAGACCCAGCAAACAUUAUGUCAAAUCCACGCCUACCUUGCAAGGAUUGCCUCCGGAGAUCCUGGAUAUUAUUUUCCUCGAGAGUAUGAACAUCUCAUUGCCGCGUGCUUCGCCGGACCUGGGACGAAAGUUAUCCUCAAAAACUACAUGUAUGGAAUUCGCCAUGCGAUGCUUUUUUGAGACAGUUGAUCUCAAUAAAGAGUUUGAAGGGUAUGUUGAGGAUUGGCCUGCGGACCCUGUACUCCAAUCGCAACUUCUCGCGUCUCGAUUCUUCACCUGGGAAUUUUUCGUGGAAUAUUUUCAGAAAAGUCACGGCGUUGUUUUCAGACUAUUCGACCACAUUAGGCAUGCAAGUAGUCACGACGUCCUACCGAAUUUCCAAGAUCUGUUCACCGUUGACGACCCUCAUCCAAGGUGUAUCAAGAGGGCAACUUCCCCUAUCGGCCUAGGGUCAUUCAGCUAUGAUGUCCUAAUCCCCGAGAAACUGCUUCAUGGUCCGUGGACGCCUGACAAGACUAAGCUGCUUUACGUACUGGUAACGCUGGAGUGCACAAUUGACUGGAACGGGAGUACAGCUGGCGAGACUGCCAAAGAAGGGCUACUGGAAGCAAUAGCUGAGGGCGACGAACGAGCGGUCGCUGCGUUGUCCGUUUUGCUGCUGGUUGAUGGUCCCCUGAAUACCGACUACUUGCGCUACGCGGUGACUGAAUGUGGCUGCAACUUCACGAUCUUGAGACCUCUGCUUUGCAGUGAACUCAUCUCCCGCACGGUAGCCAAAGGGGCGAUGGACCUGUAUGACCCGACAAUCUGGCGGUGGGCCGACUGUGAAGGCGCUGAGAACGGCAAGGGAACGUUCCUCAAGAAGAUAUUGAGUAUGGCAGAUGACCGCUCCGGGUACUUUUCUGGGUACGUGUCGGAUCUUGAAGGCUGGCCAGGAAGAACGGAGCUACCAGAGUUCGAGAAGUUCAUACCGCUACCCUACUUCUACUGA